CUUCAUGUUCAUGUUCAUGGAGUUUUCAGAAAUUAUUAACUAAUAAGCAGACGGUACUAGAUUAACAUGUAAAAAGGUUUGUAGUUAAAGUGAUCUCGAUUAAUUAGCACCACAUAAGAGAACGAAGACAUUUUGUCGAGCUUUCGAAAAAGCACUAGCCUAGCUUCGGCAGUGACAUGAAUAUAAUUGUAGAAUAUAUUGUUCAUCAUACGCAAAUAUUUGUCUGCUUAAAAAAAUAAAAAAAAAUCAAAAACAAAACUUCAUACAAAUUAAAGAUACAUCACUUCAAUGGCGCCUCCUGAUCAGCAUGAUCUUGAAUCUGGGAUCGUAGAACUACAAGCAAUACAACAACCUCUUCUGUUGCCUUCUACUAGUAGUCCUUCGUCUGGCCAGCGCUUUCAAGAAUAUCAUCUAUCUUUACAAAAAGCUUGCCUCAGCGGUGAAUGGAAAGCCGCUGAAAAAAUACAUGUAGACCAUCCUUCUUGCUUCGAAGAAAAAAUAUCAAGAAACGGAGAUACUGCUCUGCAUAUAGCAGCAGCGGCGGGGCGCCAUGUCUUCGUUAAGCAAUUUCUAGCACAUAACCAAGUAUUGGAUUUGGAGCUGCCUAACAAUGAAGGAAACACGGCUUUCUUUUUGGCUGCUGCAUCGGGUGUGGUUGAUAUCGUGGUUGACAUGCAGCGGUUUAAUCAAAAUCUGCUCAACAUCCCUGGCGGAAGUGGAAUGAAACCAAUUCAAAUUGCAGUUUUGCAAGGCCAUGAGAAGAUGGUGAAUCAUCUCCUGCCUCAUUGUUUUGAAAAUUUAUCCCACCGGGAACGAACCGAUCUACUUAUUGCUACCCUCGAAAAAGACCUUUACGAUGUGGCUUGGGAGAUCUUACAAAGAGAUUUAGAUGAUGGAUUAGCCACUAGACGAAAUGGAAAUUCCCAUACACCAUUGCAUAUCUUGGCAAGAAAGACCCAGACGGAGAGCCGAAAUCAUCUCAAGUACAGUUGGAUUUCGCUGAGGAAGCAACACCAAUAUAACCGUAAAAAUGAACUGGUUGAGAAGCUUUGGAAAAGGGUUAUAAGCUCAAGAAAUCAUGAGAGUAUAUCUGAGUUGUUAUCGUUUCCACAACCUGAACUGCUCUUUGUCGCGAUAAGGAUGGGGAACUAUGAGUUCGUGACAACCCUCAUUCGUCAUUACCCGGAUCUAAUAUGGGAAAAAGACCAUCAGCGUAGAACCAUAUUUCAUGCUGCUGUUGAGUACCGUCAAGAGAAGAUCUUCAGUCAUAUUUUCCAGCUUGAAGGUAUUAGGCAUUUGCUAACCGCUUACACGAAUCCUUUUAAUGGUAACAACAUCCUACACUUAGCUGCCACUCUACCUGAGCCUGAAAUACUAGAUAUGGCCUCGGGUCCUGCUCUUCAAAUGCAGCGUGAAAUCUUAUGGUUUCAGGCAGUUGAAAGUAUAGUACCACGUCAAUAUGCUCAUUCAGAAAAUUCAAUAUUUACUCAAGUAAGCAACACGGAAGUAACGGAAAGUACAGAGACGCCACGAGAGAUGUUCAACAGAGAACAUGCACAACUAAGAAAAGACGGGGAGAAUUGGAUGCGUAAGACCUCCACUUCAUGUAUGGUUGUUGCGACUCUAGUCGCAACUAUAGUCUUCCAAGCUAUUUACCAACCACCAGACAAGCAAAAUAGCGAGAAAUUAUUUUGGGUAUUUGUUAUAUCAGAUGCAUUCUCUUUGUUAUCGUCAAUUGCGUCAAUUUUAACAUUCCUUUCCAUAUUGACUUCAACGUAUGCAGAAGAAGACUUCUUAGUAUCAUUGCCGUUAAAAUUGAUGGUUGGUCUGGUUCUGCUUCUUUUCUCCAUAUUGGCAAUAUUGUUGGUAUUCAUCGUGUCUAUUAUUAUCCUUUUGCCCUACAAAUCGGUGUGGAUUAUUGUUGCCGUCUUUGCUUGGUUUACCGGUGUUGUGUAUCUCCGCCUGCAUUUCCCAUUGUUGCUUGUUGUUUAUCGUUCCACCUUCGGCACCAAGUAUCUAUUCCGUCAUCAACACGAGCUAUUUCGAGAUUAAUAGAUAGAAAACGUCCCGGUGAUGUUGUACAAGUAAAAUGAGGGUUGAAUGAAAUUUGAACCCGUGACCUUUGUAUCACGUUGACUUUUGAUACCAUAUUAGAGGACAAUCUCAACCAAAAAAUUAAGCUGAUGAUUAUCACUAAU